AUGCGAGAGCUCACUGGUGUUCUCGACUAUGCAGUGCGAACCGCCAGACUUUUGCGAAAAAUCGGCCUUGCUGAUGAGCAAAGAUCUUAUAGUGAGAACAUUCAAUCCACAUCCGAUCAAUAUACCGUUCGCCUUGUUGAUUUGUGUCGCCCUCUUGGCACUAGCAAGCAAGGAUACUCAAUUUGUGGUAGCACAUGCGGCGGUAUAGCAUGCGGUUGCUUCCUACCAUUUCCAGCAUGUACGUGUCUGAGGAUUGCUCAUGUUUCGAAGAAGACGCAGACUGUCUUUGAAGUAGUAAGUUGCAUAGAAUGGCAACCAGUAAUCCAAAUUGACGUAGAUUUCAUGCUUUAUAAUGAAGGAAAGCUGAAAUCUUUCAGUUUACAACCUUAUGCUACGCAAAAGUAUGAUGAACUGUCGUUGACAGUCAUUUCUUUGCAAAAACCUCAUUCUCCAUUGAUGGACAAAAGAUUCGCUGUAACCCCAAUGGAGGCUAUGAUGCUACCAGAUCAAUAUCAACUUCCUGUUGAAUGCGAGUCAGAAGCAUCUGCUCUAGAUGCCUUUGUGAACUGCACAAAUCGCAUGAUCUGUUCUUACGAAAAUAUGAAAGCACCGCAAACAUGUCAGUGUCCACAUGAUUCACUCCAAAAUUUGAGGAAAGAAGUGUCAAAUGUAAUGCCCAUACGCACUCCGUUCACAGAAAUCUUCAGUGAUAGCAAAGAAAUCUAUGCGCUCUCCAAGCAAGGAGAGAUCACUCUCGCAAUAGAAUCCAAUUUGCUUAUUGGCGGUACUGAGUUCAUAAUCAAUCAACCAUGUGAGAUCUCGGUUCGUGGGGUCAAAGGAAUUUGUAUUCGUUGCUAUUGCUGGACUGUGAGCCGAUCGGAGAAUCGUUAUCCAACCAAAAUCCUUCAUGAUUUCUUCGAAACCCAAGAUAUAAUUUGGGCUGAUUCCUCUGCUCGCGAUGCUCCCGACUACAAAGACGCUUGGACGGUGGUCACUGGAGGUACAGAUGGCAUUGGCAGGGCCUACAUAGAGGAGCUGGCGAGAACACGUGGAUUAAAAAAGUUUUACCUCAUAGGACGCAAUCGCCAGAAAUUGGAUAGAGUAGUCAAAGAGCUGUGUGAACGAUAUGGUGCUGAGUGUAAAACCACAGUAUUUGAUUUUGAAUAUGACAGCUACGAAAAACUGCCUCAAGAACUAAGUGAUAUGGAUAUCGGUAUUCUCAUCAAUUGUGCCGGCAUUUCCUCAAAUCAGGUUGGGGACUUUAUGGAACUACCAAAAGGAACGGCGUCGAAAAUUCUACGGGUUAACCUCAUGUCUAGCAUCAAGAUGAUUGAACUUGUUCUCCCUGGCAUGAUCAAAAGAGACAAAGGAUGUGUAGUAAAUGUUUCCUCAAUGACAGUUGCUCAGGACGUCAUUGAUUCUGGACCAAGGCGACACACGCACGACUGGCCAUGGAGACUGUCUCAGACUGUGUACUUACAACGCGAGAACGUUUCUACAGACGCUGACCUGCAUGCCCUUCUCGGAGCUGCAGAGCGUAUCAAAUUUCACGUGAUUGCUCUGCAGGAGACCAAGUGCAGAAGGAGCGACGUACGACAGAUGAAUGACGGUACACUCGUCAUUCGUCGAGAGAAGGUUCCGUCGCGAAAUGUAGGCGGUGUCGGUUUUGUUGUGCACCCAUCUGUCGUCCAUCUUGUCGAUUCUCACGAGAUCCUGUCACCUCGUCUGGCCAUUCUUCGCCUCCGCCCUCUGCGCCAAAAAUCCAUCAGUAUCAUGAACUGUUACUCGCCAACAUCAGCAGCUGAUGAAUCCGAAUUGGACGCGUUUUACGAGGAGCUGGAGGAAAUAGUCCGCAACGAGAUGUCCUUCUACAAAUUCGUUGUCGGAGACAUCAACGCAAAACUAGGAAAGGCCACAGAAGAGGAAUGCAGGAUUGUAAGAUUUGGACUAGGGGACAGGAAUGAAAAUGGCAAUCGUCUCGCCGGGCUGUUGUCCGCCGCUCGCCUCUUUCAUGGGAACUCUCUUUUCAUGAAAAAAGAUCAUCGUCGGUGGACAUGGGAAUCGCCCAAUGGCGCGACUCGCGCGGAGAUCGACCACAUACUUACUAACCGGAGGUGGUGUCUACUUGACGUCUCAGUAGUACCAUCCUUUUCUAGUGGUUCUGAUCACCGUCUCCUUCGUGCGAAAAUACGACUUAGCCACACGAUGGAAAAGAACAUCUGCUAUCGGCAACGAAGGAGAAAAGAAGUCGUCUACGACGAUUGCGUACUCGAGGACUCCUUGUCCCAAGGUGACUGGCACAUCGAGGAGGGCCCAAACGUGGACUACGAGAUGCUGCUUAGAGGAUUACAAACCUGUGCUGAACGUGCCUCGAAAACGCGCACGACAAACUUGGAUCGAACUUCGAAGACCACCAAGGAAUUGUUGGAAAGAAGAAGGGCUUUGAGGCUUGAUCUGAAUGCAACGCACAUUGAGCGCCCGAUCAUCCCCACUGGUGAAGCUCCACCACGGAUUCUCCCUUCGGAAGUACGAGUCGCUACUAAGACCAUGAAACCUGGCACAGCCCCAGGACCUGAUUUUAUAUCAGCAGACUUUCUUCGGGCUGGUGGCCAUCCACGUCAUGUAAUCUUAGCAGCGCACAUGACAUCCUACCUUCAGAAAGAAAGGAUCCCAGACCACUGGAAGACCUCGCGAACCGUUCUUAUCCAUAAGAAAGUAUUCACCAAGAUCAUCCUCACGCGCAUAUCUAGGACGCUGGAUGAAGCCCAGCCUCAAGAACAACCUGGAUUCCGCCAGGGGUUCGGCUGCUUAGACCACAUCCAGAUCGUGUCGAGGGUCAUAGAGGUUUGCCGGGAAUACCGCCUGCCCUUUGUUCUAACCUUCGUCGACUAUGAGAAAGCCUUCGACAGCGUAGAAACGAAUGCAAUACUGUCAACGCUGGUCGAUCAAGGUGUGGACACGUCGUAUGUGAGGACAUUAACCAAUUGCUACGAUCGAUGCAUCACUAAGACACAGUUUUUCCACCGUCCCCUCACCAUACCCAUUGGAAAGGGGGUACGACAAGGCGAUAGUACAUCGCCGAAGCUGUUCACGACUGCAUUGCAAUGGAUAAUGAAAUCACUUUCCUGGGAAGAAAAGGGCAUACGUGUUGAUGGAAGAUUUCUGUCGAACCUUCGUUUUGCGGACGACAUCAUUCUCUUUUCAAGCAGUACCAAUGAAGCAGAAACGAUGCUCAACGAAUUGAACGAAGCAGAGAAGAGAAUAGGACUGCGAAUAAGCAGAAAGAAGACACAGUUCAUGAAGAACGCCUACUGCGAGGACGGAGGAGUACAACUUGAAGGCUCCCAAAUCGUGGAAGGUUCGUCAUUCGCAUACCUCGAACCUUCUAUGAACAUGGAAAAUGACUUGAAGGAAGAACGGAAUAGAAGAAUGAGAGCAGCAUGGGCAGCAUUCGCACCCGUCAGGGAAGGUACGGACCAACUGAAGGACCGUGAUCUUCGUGCCCAUCUGUUCGACUUGACAGUUCUUCCAGCUCUCUGCUACGCAACGGAGACGUGGGCAGACACAGCUGCCACGUUUAGAAAGCUACUUACUACCCACAGACCCCUUGAGAGAUGUCUUCUGAAGUUUAACCGGCGCACACAACACCUAGCCGGUAUUCGCAAUUCCGACUUAAGAGGAAUGUCUUGUCUUUGCGACCCAACGGAAUAUAUAUCGAAAGCAAAUCAUAGGGAGACCGCCAACGAGAUGGGUGACGUGUUCGCUACACGGGUGGACCAGCUGAGAGCUCAGCUCGAUACGGCUAAAGGACCUCGUCAACGUCACUCACGAAACUUUAUAACAUCUGGGAUGACAAUGGGUUGGCGUCCACUUCCUUACAUCAGCACAUAUCCAGCCAGCAAGGCUGCAAUUUCUUUUUACUCUGACUGUCUCAGUGACGAGUUUCGUCACACCAACGUUCGCAUUCAGUGUCUCAUACCCAUGCUGGUUGCAACAAAAGUGGCCUCAUACGAAAUCAGUGAGGCCAAUAAUCUCUUUGUCGUUACACCUGAGAACUACGCAAAGCAAGCUGUCCGGGCCAUAGGACGAUUUGAAAUUAUUACUGGUUGUGUCCAACAUGAUGUCCAGAUCGCUUUGGGAACGUUGAUUUCAUUUUGGGUGUUCAAACAAAUUUAUGUGCCGAUCGUCAUGCUAGGAAUUCAUAAAGAGCGGGUAGCUGCUUAUCAAAGAAGUCACCGGAAGGAUGCUUAA